CGGAUAAAACCGACCCAUGAAAAAAAUUCAAAAGUCCAAAUGAGAUUCAGAUGACCAGGAAAGUAAGUCAUACAAAGAGUGAACUGUUUCAAAUAUGCAUACAGUUUUCAAGCACAUUUUACUGGGAAUUCUUGUCUUCACCACAUAAAUAACUUAGAAUUUACACAUCUACAUUUCAUUCAACAAAACUAUAUAUACAUACAUAUAUAUACAAAGUUUUCCUGUGUAAGAAGAAAAAAUAUAUUACUUAAAUGAAAUCCAAAUGGAUGAUUGUGUUUUUAUUGGAAAUUAUUUUGACCAUAGUUAGCAGCAGAUUGGUGGUUAAUGCAACAGUUAGGACCAUUCAGAGUGAAGAUGGAGAUGUUAUAGAUUGCAUAGAUAUGUACAAGCAACCAGCUUUUGAUCACCCUGCUUUAAAGGAUCACAAAAUCCAGUUGAAACCUAGCUAUGAUGUAAAAAUGGAAAUAACAUCAGACGGCGAGAAACAAGAUUCGGCGACAACGACGACGACACAGAAAUGGCACAAAAGUGGAACUUGUCCAAAGGGCACGAUUCCCAUUCGGAGGAAUACAAUGCCGAAGAAUCUUGCUUCCAAACGGCAACAUCCAACGCGCAACCACGGAAGAAAACCCCCCAUGCAUUCGCAAUCGCACUACGACAAGAAAUCAAACGAGAACGAAACUGUUUAUCUUCAACUCAAGAAUCACUCCCUGGCAUUCUUGCAUACAGAAGGGUUUGCUUAUUUAGGGGCAAAGGGAGAUAUACAAGUAUGGAACCCACUAGUCGAAUCCGACGACGAGUAUUCGACUUCUCACGUGGCUCUGAAAAGCGGCCCGUAUUACAACUUCGAAGCCAUUGAAUCCGGAUGGGCCGUAAAUCCCGGGGUGUACGGAGACCGGCAGACUCGGUUAUUCGUUUAUUGGACUGGUGAUGCUUCGAAGGAAACAGGGUGCUUUGACUUAACUUGUCCAGGUUUUGUUCAGACAAGCAAUGAGUUAGCUCUUGGUGCUGCAAUUUAUCCUAUUUCAAAUCUCUCUGGACUCCCUUAUCAAAUUACUAUAUUCAUCCACAGAGAUCCAAAUACAAGCAAUUGGUGGGUGCAAUACGGGGAACGGAUGAACAUCGGAUACUGGCCGUCCGAUCUAUUUGGAUGGCUGAGAUCGCACGCCGAGACGGUUCAAUGGGGUGGUGAAGUAUACAGCACAAGAGUAGGAACUCAUCCUCAUACAGCUACCGAUAUGGGCAGCGGGCAGUUUCCCGACUGGGUUUCGGGCAUGUCGGGCAGCGUGAAGAGGAUCAGAGUGCUGGAAAACAACAUGAUUUUAAGGUUUCCACAAUGGGUAUUUAGCUUCACAGAUGAAUAUGAUUGUUAUAGUACUUACUAUAUUAGUGAUUAUGUGCCUGACCCUCAGUUCUUCUAUGGUGGGCCCGGGCAGAAUCCAAGGUGCCCUUAGAUUUUGUAUGAUGCUGUUUUAAUUAUUUAUUUUAUCAUUAACAAUUUAUAAAUUUU